AUGGGGAGCUUGAAGGAUGAGCUGCUCAAGGGCAUCUGGCAUGCUUUCACCGCGCUCGACCUGGACCACAGUGGCAAGGUCUCCAAAUCCCAACUCAAGGUCCUUUCCCAUAACCUGUGCACCGUGCUGAAGGUUCCACAUGACCCGGUUGCCCUUGAAGAGCACUUCAGGGAUGAUGAUGAGGGACCUGUCUCCAAUCAGGGCUACAUGCCUUAUUUAAACAAGUUCAUUUUGGAAAAGGUCCAAGACAACUUUGACAAGAUUGAAUUCAAUAGGAUGUGUUGGACCCUCUGUGUCAAAAAAAAUCUCACAAAGAAUCCCCUGUUCAUUACGGAAGAAGAUGCAUUUAAAAUAUGGGUUAUUUUCAACUUUCUGUCUGAGGACAAGUACCCACUAAUCAUUGUGCCAGAAGAGAUUGAAUACCUGCUUAAGAAACUUACAGAAGCUAUGGGAGUAAGUUGGCAACAAGAACAAUUUGAAAAUUAUAAAAUCAACUUUGAUGACAGUAAAGAUGGCCUUUCUGUGUGGGAACUGAUUGAGCUUGUUGGAAACGGACAGUUCAGCAAAGGCAUGGAUCGACAGACUGUGUCCAUGGCAAUUAACGAGGUCUUCAAUGAGCUCAUAUUAGAUGUGCUGAAACAGGGUUACAUGAUUAAAAAAGGCCAUAGACGGAAAAACUGGACUGAACGCUGGUUUGUAUUAAAACCCAACAUAAUUUCUUAUUAUGUGAGUGAGGAUCUGAAAGAUAAGAAAGGAGACAUUCUCUUGGAUGAGAACUGCUGUGUGGAGUCCUUGCCUGAUAAAGAUGGAAAGAAAUGCCUUUUUCUCAUAAAAUGUUUCGAUAAGACCUUUGAAAUCAGUGCUUCAGAUAAGAAGAAGAAACAAGAGUGGAUUCAGGCCAUCCAUUCUACCAUCCAUCUCCUGAAGCUGGGCAGCCCCCCACCACACAAAGAAGCCCGCCAGCGUCGGAAAGAACUGCGGAAGAAGCUGCUGGCAGAGCAGGAGGAGCUGGAGCGACAGAUGAAGGAGCUCCAGGUGGCGAACGAAAACAAACAGCAGGAGCUGGAGGCCGUGAGGAAGAAACUGGAAGAAGCAGCAUCUCGGGCAGCAGAAGAAGAAAAGAAGCGCCUUCAGACUCAAGUGGAGCUCCAGGCCAGGUUCAGCACGGAGCUAGAGCGGGAGAAGCUUAUCAGGCAGCAGAUGGAAGAACAGGUUGCCCAGAAAUCCUCUGAACUAGAGCAGUAUUUGCAGCGGGUCCGGGAGCUGGAAGACAUGUACCUAAAGCUGCAGGAGGCUCUCGAGGAUGAGAGACAGGCCCGGCAAGAUGAAGAGACUGUGCGGAAGCUACAGGCUAGGCUGCUGGAGGAAGAGUCGGCCAAGAGGGCUGAGCUGGAGAAGUGGCAUCUGGAGCAGCAGCAGGCCAUUCAGACCACGGAAGCGGAGAAGCAGGAGCUGGAGAACCAGCGCGUCAUCAAAGAGCAGGCCCUCCAGGAGGCCUUGGGGCAGCUGCAGCAGCUGGAGCUCGAGCGGAAGCAGGCGCUGGAGCAGUACGAGGGAGUUAAAAAGAAGCUAGAGAUGGCAGCGAAGACGACCAAGAGCUGGAAGGACAAAGUGGCCCAUCAUGAAGGAUUAAUUCGAUUGAUAGAACCAGGUUCAAAAAACCCUCACCUGAUCACUAACUGGGGCCCGGCAGCUUUCACCCAGGCAGAACUUGAGGAACGAGAGAAGAGCUGGAAAGAAAAGAAGACCACAGAGUGA